GCGCUGCUGGUAUAAAAGCUCUGGUUCUCGGCAUCUCGGCGAGACGAAACUCCCUGUCCCGGCGGCUCCGGUUCCAGCUCCAGCCUGCGCGCCCCGCAGGCCCGGACGCUGGCUCAACACCUGUGACUUCACGUGUGCGCUCCGCCACAUCUGUUGUCACAUCCAUCGUGCCACCUUUGCCAAGAAACCCAUCCCUGGGCAACGUCGUGGCCAUAAGCCUUCAACCCACAUCUGUGACCCCAACUCCUGUAACAACUGGGCCACACUUGUGACACCGAGCCAUACUACCUGCGGCGACACAUAGGCAACCCUUCCCUCACCUGCGGCAACGCCUGACUGCCACUCGUGAUCACAACCCCUCGCAGUGGGAGCCAUGGCUGCGGCCCCAGAGAGCGGGACCCCGCGCGUGCUGUUUGCAGACUGGCUUUUGGGCGAGGUAAGCAGCGGCCGCUACGAGGGGCUGCGGUGGCUCGACGCGGCCCGCACGCGCUUCCGCGUCCCCUGGAAGCACUUUGCGCGGAAGGAUCUGGGAGAGCCCGAUUCGCGCAUCUUCAAGGCUUGGGCCGUGGCCCGCGGCAGGUGGCCGCUCAGCAGCGACACUCAGACCCCCGAGGGGGCGCUCAGGGCCAGCUGGAAAACCAACUUCCGGUGCGCGCUGCGCAGCACGCAGCGUUUCGUGAUGCUGCAGGACAACUCGGGGGACUCUGUCGACCCGCAUAAGGUGUACCAGCUCAGGUCGGAGCUGGGCUGGAGAGAAGGUCCAGGCAGUAACCAGGGCGAGGACCAGGCCCUCGAAGAUGCCCCACACGCGAGGGGUGGGCUACCCGGGACGUGCCUGGCACAUGCUGCUGAGUGGCAGAACCCUGUGUCCUGUGCCCCAAGCCCUCUUCCUGGCCCAGCUGGCCCCGCCGGGGACCUCCUGCUUCAGGCUCUGCAGCAGAGCCUUCUGGAGGACCACCUGCUGGAAGGUGUGCAGGAAGCAGACCCAGGCCCCACAGAGGCUCUUGGUCCAGAGCUUCCUACCGAGGAGCUGUACCUGCCAGGGGCAGCGGAGGUGGCCCCCGGCCCCAAGUCACAGCCCCAGCCCCAAAUGACAGAUGCUGGCCCAGCCCCGGAGCCCUGGACCCAGACGGUGGGGCCCAGCUGCCCACAGCUCGGUCUGCACGCAGAGCCCAGCCUGAGGGUCCUGGAGGUGACCAUCAUGUACAAGGGCCGGAUGGUGCUGCAGGAGGUGGUGGGACGCCCCAGCUGCGUGCUGCUGUACAGGGCCCCUGGCCUGGCUCUUGAGGCCACUGAGGCCCAGCUGGUGGCCUUCCCCAGCCCGGCCGAGCUGCCGGACCAGAAGCAGCUCCACUACACAGAGAAGUUGCUGCAGCAUGUGGCCCCUGGCCUGCAGCUCGAGCUCCGGGGGCCUGUGCUGUGGGCCCGGCGCCAGGGCAAGUGUAGGGUCUACUGGGAGGUGGGCAGCCCCCUGGGCUGCGACAGCCCCUCCACGCCCGCGCGCCUGCUGCCGAGGGACCGCUACACGCCCAUCUUUGACUUUCACACCUUUGUCCGAGAGCUGGUGGAAUUCCGGGCUCGCAGGCGCCAGGGCUCCCCACACUAUACCAUCUACCUGGGCUUCGGGCAGGACCUGUCGGCCGGGAGACCCAAGGAGAGGAGCCUGGUCCUGGUGAAGCUGGAGCCGUGGCUGUGCCGGGCAUACCUGGAGGGCGUGCAGCGCGAAGGCGUGUCCUCCCUGGACACCAGCAGCCUCAGCCUCUGCCUGUCUAGCAGCAACAGCCUGUAUGAUGACCUGGAGCACUUCCUGGACCACUUCUCAAUGGAGGUGGAGCAGCCCGCUUAGGCUGCUGGGACUGUCCCCAAUCCAAUAAAAAGAAUCAAGAGCC